AUGAGUGGUCUUGAAAUGGAUACAUCCAAUGGAGGGGCGGCGUCUAAUUCGGCUCCUCCUAUGACAGCAAUUGUCUUUACUGUGCUAUGCACUGCAUCCAUAGCCCUUGUAAUUACGGCUGCUGCUUUGUUCUUUGUUGCUCACCAACGAAUGAAAAAGGAUGAAACUCUUGAAUCUAGUAAAGUAGAGAGUGGCUACUUUGGGCGGCGGAUUUCGUUUUCAGACUCUGACAUAGCGAUGUUAAAAGAGUCAAAGGAAUCAUUACCCAUGGUCUCACCCCCGAUGCCGAAAGCAGAAACAGAUAAAAAAGUAAAACCUUCCACUCCUCCGUCAACUGGAAGCGCUACUCCCCAAUCCUCCCAACAUUUUCCUCAGUUAAAUUCACAGCUAUUUGAUAUUUCACCUGAUUCUUUCAAUGUUCCACCGAAGGCUCAUAAAUCUGGUAUUAUUAGUAGGUCUAGAUCAUCAAUAGAUCUUGCACAUAUGAAGGAUAAGGAGAAAGAAUCUGACAAUUACCCUUUCACAGAGGCCACCUUGUAUAACGAUUCACCAGGACCACCAUUAGGAAGUGAACAACACCGCGUUCUCAGGAUCGAUUCGGAACAAUUAGGAGAAAGUCCAUCUAUGACAACGCAUCAUCCUUCCGCUGAUUAUUUACAAGAAAUGCCAUCACCUUUGAGGUAUGAUUAUACAUCACCAGUUCGUUCACCGAGAACCUCUGGAGAUGUUCGUCCACAGUCACGACAAUCGUCAGAGUACAUGACUCAGCCCUCGCAAGAGUUUCCAGAAAGAACAACUCAUAUGGAACCUGAUAUACUUCAUGAAAGUUUACAAGCUAAUUUAGGUGAUCCAUAUCUCGAAUAUACUACUAGGCCAGACAGAUCAGAGAGGUCACGUAGUCGAGGUAGGAGUGUAUCUCCAUUUAGUGACACAGGUACUGGCGAACAUCCAAACCCAAGUGUCUCAAGAUCAUCCGAGUCACCAUCACCACCACCACAAACAGAACGACGUCGGCCUCGACCUGGACAUGGAGGUGCACCAGAAGAUAGUGUCGGUACUCCACUUUCGCCAUCACUUUCGCGUCGUGGCCGCAGUUCUAGGCGUCAACGUCGUGGUGGUGGAGGAAGCGGAACUACCACUUAA